AUAGUAAACCCUAACUUUUAACAACCAUUCCAUUGUCCAACUACCAGUCUCUCUCUCUCUGCCCAAAUGUUUUAUCUCUCUUCUCUGAACUUUCUCUUUCUUUUCAAUGGCUUUUUCUUCUUCUUCUUCAUCUUCUGCUAUUUCUCUGGCUCUUUAGAGAUGACAGACCCGAAGAUCUGCGAUGUUGAAAGGAAAAUUGAGGCUUUUGGAGAAGCAGAGAGAUGCAUUAACCGAGUGGUUUGGAGAAGAUUGCUCCACUUCAGAGCUUGGCUUUGAAUUCGAGGAGGAGCUCAAAACCUUCCCUGGCCUAAAAUAUCCAAGGAAAAAUGAGGAAGAAGAAGAGGAGGUUCAAAUUGAUCAUGGAUUGGAUAGGAUUUCUUCUCCGUUCAUUCAUAAGAAUGAUGAGGAGAGUUUCUGCAUAGAAGUACCUUCCGAGGUUGGCCAUGGGUGGUUGAAUGAGGAAUUUUCUCAAAUGGUUGAUAAGAAUGAGGCAGAAAGCAGGUGCAGGGAAUUCUUAUUUGAGGUUUCUCAGAAGGUUAUAGACAUGGAACGAUUGCAGAGACUAGCAAGUUUUGGUGUUCCAGAUGAAGGAGGUUUUCGUGCCACUGUGUGGAAGUUAUUGCUUGGUUACUUGCCUUUGGAGCGUGAUUCAUGGGAUAUAGAGUUGUCGAAAAACAGAUCGAAGUAUGCUGCCCUAAAAGAGGAAUUAAUUCUGAACCCUUCAGAACUUACAAGGAGGAUGGAGGAAACUUCACAUUUUGAUAUGCAAGGGAAGGAAAAUGAUGAAUAUGGACUGCUCAUUAGGCACAAAAUCUCUCAUGGAGAUCACCCUCUGAGCCUGGGGAAAACUAGUGUUUGGCAUCGGUAUUUCCAGGAUGCAGAGAUUGCAGAGCAGAUUGAUCGUGAUUUGAUCCGAACACAUCCAGAUAUGGAACUCUUUUCAGGGAACUCGUUGUGCUCCAAACAAAACAGGGGAGCAAUGAGAAAUAUUCUUCUCCUUUUCGCCAAGAUGAAUCCAGUUAUUCAGUAUGUCCAAGGAAUGAAUGAAGUCUUAGCUCCAUUGUAUUAUGUUUUCAGAACAGAUCUUGGGGGUCAAAAUGUGUUGAACGCUGAAGCCGAUAGCUUUGCAUGUUUUGUGCGAUUAUUAAGUGAUUCUGUGGACCACUUUUGUCAACAACUAGACAAUAGCUCAGUUGGAAUCCAUUCCACUCUUUCACGCUUAUCAGAACUAUUGAAGACCCAUGAUGAAGAGCUAUGGAGGCAUCUUGAGUUUAGCACCAAGGUUAAUCCACAAUUCUAUGCAUUCAGAUGGAUCACUUUGCUUCUGACUCAGGAAUUCAAUUUCCCAACGAUUUUGAGAAUAUGGGACUCUCUUCUUAGCAACCCAUCCGGAGUUCAGGACAUGCUGCUAAGAAUGUGUUGUGCUAUGCUAAUAUGCGUGAGAAGCACACUGUUGAAGGGUGAUUUUACAGCGAAUUUGAAGCUGCUCCAACACUACCCAAACAUAGACAUAGAAUACCUUCUUCAGAUAGCUCAGGAUUUGAAAUAACAUAUGCUUUACUGUGAAUCACUUGAACAUUUUGAACAUAUUGUGUGUGCAAAAGGCCUAAUGCGCCUAUCUUUACAUGAAGCAAAAGAGAAGGUCAGGAACCUCAACUGAUUCUUGGGUGUGGUGCAUUUUUCUACCUUUUGGUCUUCAUAAUAGUUUUCUGAGUAAUUAGAGACAUUCUUGGGUGAUAUGGGGAUUUAUAGCCUCAUGAGGGUAUGAUUCUUAAUAGAGUAAAAUGGCGGAUCAGGAUUUUGUGUAGCCAACUUCAAUUAGUUGAAAAAAGGAUUUGACGACGACAACGAUGAUGAUGAUGUUCAAAAAAAGACUUUUAAGAGGUUGCUACUGUUGCUGGAUAAGAGUUUGUGCCUUUAACAUGAGUCACGCUUGACGA